CUGUUUUUCUGUGUUUCAGGGUUUCAUCGCAAUGAGGAUAUGAAGGCUAUUGAUGUGCUUCCCAUCCUCAAGGAGAAGGUUGCCUUUCUCUCAGGUGGCAGAGACAGACGUGGGGGUCCAGUUCUCACCUUUCCAGCACGAAGCAACCAUGACAGAAUACGAUCAGAGGAUCUGCGUAGGCUUAUUGCCUACCUUGCUACUAUUCCCAGUGAAGAGGUGGCCAGACAUGGCUUUACAGUCAUUGUGGACAUGCGCGGUUCUAAGUGGGACAGCAUCAAACCACUGCUAAAGAUCCUGCAAGAAUCUUUUCCUUCUUGCAUCCACGUUGCCCUCAUCAUAAAACCAGACAACUUCUGGCAAAAGCAGAGGACCAAUUUUGGCAGCUCCAAGUUCGAAUUUGAGACGGUGAUGGUCUCCUUAGAGGGUUUGACCAAGAUUGUGGAUCCAUCCCAGCUGACGGCCGACUUCGAAGGCAGCUUGGAGUACAACCAUGAUGACUGGAUUGAGGUGCGACUGUCAUUUGAGACCUUUGCCAGUGAUGCAGCGCGGGCUUUGGCACGCCUGGAAGAGCUCCAGGAAACCUUGUCCCAGCGUGAUCUCCCCCGGGACCUGGAGGGGGCCCGGCGCCUCAUGGAAGAGCAUGCUGCUUUGAAGAAAAGGGCCACAAAAGCAUCCAUAGAGGAGCUGGACACUCAGGGCCGAAGGCUGCUGCAGAGACUCCAGUCCCAGACAGCAGGGGGGGGAAGCAGUGUGGAGAGUGGCUACAGUAACCGUGGCGGUGGAGCCAGUGGAGACUCUAACGACCAUCACCAUGGUCACCACGCACAUGCUGACGCACACAAUUUAGUGGCAAAAGUGUCCGCUUUGUUAGAUAAGCUGCACGGGACCCGGCAGAAUCUGCAGCAGCUGUGGCACAUGAGGAAGCUGAAACUGGACCAGUGUUUCCAGCUGCGCCUGUUUGAACAGGAUGCUGAGAAGAUGUUUGAUUGGAUCAUGCACAACAAGGGACUUUUCCUCACCAGUUACACAGAGAUUGGAGGAAACCACCAGCAUGCAGUUGAGCUGCAGACGCAGCACAACCACUUUGCUAUGAACUGCAUGAAUGUGUACGUGAACAUCAAUCGGAUCAUGUCGGUUGGAAAUCGGCUGCUGGAGUCGGGCCACUACGCCUCCCAGCAGAUCCAGCAGAUCUCAGGCCAGCUGGAGCAAGAGUGGAAAGCCUUUGCUGCGGCGCUGGAUGAACGCAGCACAUUGUUGGAGAUGUCUGCCAGCUUUCACCAGAAAGCAGAUCAGUACAUGAGUAAAGUGGAGCCGUGGUGUAAAGCAUGUGGCGAAGGGGAGCUGCCCUCUGAACUGCAGGAUCUGGAAGAUACAAUCCACCAUCACCAGGGAUUAUAUGAACACAUCACCACAGCUUACUCAGAGGUAAGCCAGGAUGGAAAGUCCUUAUUGGACAAAUUACAGCGACCUUUGACCCCAGGAAGUGCCGACUCACUGAUGACAUCGGCUAACUACUCCAAGGCUGUGCACCAUGUGCUGGACAUCAUCCAUGAGGUGCUGCAUCACCAGAGGCAACUGGAGAACAUCUGGCAGCAUCGCAAAGUCCGACUGCACCAACGCCUGCAGCUGUGUGUCUUCCAGCAGGACGUUCAGCAAGUGCUGGACUGGAUAGAAAACCAUGGCGAGGCCUUUCUGAGUAAGCAUACUGGUGUUGGGAAGUCUUUGCACAGAGCAAGAGCUCUCCAAAAGAGACAUGAAGACUUUGAAGAGGUUGCACAGAACACCUACACCAAUGCUGACAAGCUGCUAGAGGCAGCAGAGCAGUUGGCCCAAACCGGAGAAUGUGACCCAGAGGAAAUCUACCAGGCUGCCCACCAGCUUGAAGAUCGCAUCCAGGACUUUGUGAGACGUGUCGAGCAACGUAAAGUCCUUCUGGACAUGUCUGUUGCCUUUCACACGCAUGUCAAAGAGCUGUGGACAUGGUUGGAGGAACUUCAGAAAGAACUGCUGGAUGAUGUGUAUGCAGAGUCUGUUGAAGCUGUGCAAGAUCUUAUUAAGCGAUUUGGUCAGCAGCAGCAAACCACCCUGCAGGCAACUGUCAAUGUUAUCAAGGAAGGAGAGGACCUCAUACAACAGCUCAGAGACUCUGCCAUCUCAAGUAACAAGACCCCUCACAACAGCUCCAUGGCUCACAUCGAGAGCGUGCUGCAGCAGCUGGAUGAAGCACAGGGCCAGAUGGAGGAGCUUUUCCAGGAAAGGAAGAUCAAACUGGAGCUUUUCCUUCAGCUCCGCAUCUUCGAGAGGGACGCCAUAGACAUCAUCUCGGACCUGGAGUCAUGGAAUGAGGAGUUGUCCCAGCAGAUGAACGAUUUUGACACAGAAGAUCUGACCCUGGCUGAGCAGAGGCUUCAACAUCAUGCAGACAAAGCACUCACCAUGAACAACCUCACCUUUGAUGUAAUCCACCAGGGACAGGAGCUGCUGCAGUAUGUCACAGAGGUCCAGGCGUCCGGUGUGGAGCUGUUAUGUGACAGAGACGUUGACAUGUCCACUCGGGUUCAGGACCUGCUGGAGUUUCUUCAUGAGAAGCAGCAGGAGUUGGACUUGGCUGCAGAGCAGCACAGGAGACACUUGGAGCAGUGUGUCCAACUAAGGCAUCUACAAGCUGAAGUUAAACAGGUUCUGGGUUGGAUCCGAAAUGGUGAGUCCAUGCUGAACGCUGGCCUGAUCACAGCUAGUUCAUUACAAGAAGCCGAACAGCUGCAAAAAGAACACGAACAAUUCCAGCACGCAAUAGAGAAAACCCAUCAGAGUGCGCUGCAGGUACAGCAGAAAGCUGAGGCUCUUCUUCAGGCCAACCACUACGACAUGGACAUGAUCCGGGACUGCGCAGAAAAGGUGGCAGACCACUGGCAGCAGCUCAUGCUGAAGAUGGAGGACCGACUGAAGCUGGUUAAUGCUUCUGUGGCCUUCUACAAAACAUCUGAACAGGUGUGCAGUGUGUUGGAAAGCCUGGAGCAGGAGUACAAGAGAGAGGAGGACUGGUGUGGGGGUGCUGAUAAACUGGGCCCAAACAGCGAGUCAGACCACGUCACACCGAUGAUCAGCAAACAUUUAGAGCAGAAAGAAGCUUUCCUCAAGGCCUGUACAUUAGCCAGACGCAAUGCUGAUGUUUUCUUGAAGUACCUGCACAGAAACAGUGUCAACAUGCCUGGCAUGAUGUCCCAUGUCAAGGCGCCGGAGACUCAGGUCAAGAAUAUAUUAAAUGAGUUGCUGCAGAGAGAGAACAGAGUCCUCCACUUUUGGACCAUGAGGAAGCGCCGGCUGGACCAGUGCCAGCAGUAUGUGGUGUUUGAAAGAAGUGCCAAACAGGCCCUGGAGUGGAUCCAUGACACUGGGGAGUUUUACCUGUCCACACACACAUCCACCGGGUCUAGCAUUCACCAUACACAGGAGCUACUGAAAGAGCACGAAGAUUUUCAGAUCACAGCAAAGCAAACCAAAGAGCGAGUGAAGCUGUUGAUCCAGCUGGCGGAUGGGUUUUGUGACAAGGGCCACGCCCAUGCACUGGAGAUAAAGAAAUGGGUGUCCUCAGUGGACAAACGCUACAGGGACUUCUCUCUCCGCAUGGACAAAUACCGAACCUGCUUGGAAACGGCACUUGGCAUUUCUUCCGAUUCAAACAAGGCUAGUAAAGACUUGCAACUAGACAUCAUCCCAGCCAGUGCUCCGGGGUCAGAGGUCAAGUUAAGGGAUGCAGCCCAUGAACUCAAUGAGGAGAAGAGGAAAUCAGCACGAAGAAAGGAAUUUAUUAUGGCAGAGCUGAUUCAAACAGAGAAAGCCUAUGUCAGAGACCUACGGGAGUGUAUGGAUACAUACCUGUGGGAAAUGACGAGCGGCGUGGAGGAGAUUCCCCCUGGUAUUGUCAACAAGGAGCUCAUCAUCUUUGGGAACAUGCAGGAUCUCUAUGAAUUUCAUCACAACAUCUUUCUGAAAGAGUUGGAGAAGUAUGAGCAGCUUCCAGAAGAUGUUGGCCACUGUUUUGUUACCUGGGCUGAUAAGUUCCAAAUGUAUGUGAACUACUGUAAAAACAAGCCUGACUCCACUCAGCUCAUCCUGGAGCACGCUGGACCAUAUUUUGAUGAAAUUCAACAAAGGCAUCGUCUUGCUAAUUCCAUCUCCUCUUACCUGAUCAAACCAGUACAGCGAAUAACGAAGUACCAGCUGCUACUCAAGGAGUUGCUAAUGUGCUGUGAGGAGGGAAAAGGUGAGAUCAAGGACGGCCUUGAAGUGAUGCUUAGCGUCCCAAAGAGAGCCAAUGAUGCCAUGCACCUGUCUAUGCUGGAUGGGUUUGAUGGAAACAUCGACUCCCAAGGAGAGUUGAUACUUCAGGAGUCCUUCCAGGUGUGGGAUCCCAAGACUCUGAUUCGGAAGGGCCGUGACCGACACCUCUUCCUCUUUGAGAUGUCCCUCGUCUUCAGCAAGGAAGUGAAAGACUCCAAUGGGCGCAGCAAAUACCUCUACAAGAGCAAACUCUUUACCUCAGAGCUGGGAGUUACAGAGCAUGUGGAAGGAGACCCUUGUAAGUUUGCCCUUUGGGUGGGAAGAACUCCCACCUCAGACAACAAGAUUGUUCUCAAGGCUUCAAGUAUAGAGAACAAGCAGGACUGGAUCAAACACAUUAGGGAGGUCAUCCAGGAGAGAACCGUCUACCUGCAUGGGGCUCUGAAGGAGCCCAUCCACAUCCCUAAAGCCACGGCAACCAAACACAAAGGCAGACGGGAUGGAGAGGAGCUGGACAGCCAGGGAGAUGCCAGCAGCCAACCAGAUACCAUCUCUCUCGCCUCUCGCACAUCCCAGAACACUCUGGACAGUGACAAGCUCUCUGGAGGAUGUGAGCUGACAGUGGUGAUCCAUGACUUUGUGGCCAGCAAUGGUGGUAGCAAUGGGGAGCUGACAGUGCGCAGAGGCCAGACCGUGGAGGUUCUGGAGCGACUCCAUGACAAACCAGACUGGUGCUUGGUCCGCACCACCGACCGCUCGCCCGCCCAGGAGGGCAUCGUGCCCUGCUCCAUGCUCUGUAUCGCCCAUUCUCGGUCUUCUAUGGAGAUGGAGGGCCUCUUUAACCACAAAGACACCUUGUCUGUAUCCAGUAAUGACGCCCUGCAGCCGGGCUCCAGCCACACCCUGGGCCCACACAGCUCGCCGGGCCCCAAACGUCCUGGCAACACUUUAAGGAAGUGGCUGACGAGCCCAGUGCGGCGGCUAAGCUCCGGGAAAGCUGAUGGCCACGUCAAAAAGCUUGCACAGAAGCACAAGAAGAACCGCGAUGGCACAAGGAAGAACAUGGACACCAUGCCAGGGUCGCAGAAGGACUCCGACGACAGUGCGGCCACCCCACAAGACGAGACUCUGGAAGAACGUAUGCGUAACGAAGGGCUGAGCAGUGGAACCUUGUCCAAGUCUUCCUCGUCGGGCAUGCAGAGCUGCGGCGAGGAAGAGGGAGAGGAGGGGGCCGACGCCGUCCCUCUGCCUCCCCCUAUGGCCAUCCAGCAGCACAGCCUGCUGCAGCCAGACUCUCAGGAUGACAAGUCUGCGUCUCGCCUCUCCGCUCGUCCCAGUAGUUCAGAGACACCCAGCGCUGCUGAACUGGUCAGUGCCAUCGAAGAGUUGGUGAAGAGCAAAAUGUCGCUGGAGGACCGUCCCAGUUCUUUAUCAGUGGAGCAGGGCGACAGCAGCUCUCCAUCUUUCAACCCCUCUGAUAACUCACUCCUCUCCUCCUCCUCACCCAUCGAUGAGGUGGAUGAGCGCAAAUCUGGUUUUCUCAAGAGAAGGCAUUACGUGCUCCUGGAGCUGGUGGAGACUGAGAGAGACUACGUGAGAGACCUGGGAUCUGUGGUUGAGGGCUACAUCAGCAGGAUGAAAGAGGAGGGCGUUCCAGAUGACAUGCGAGGAAAAGAUAAGAUUGUCUUUGGAAACAUCCAUCAGAUAUACGACUGGCAUAAAGAUUUUUUCCUCGGAGAGAUCGAAAGGUGUUUGGAGGAUCCGGAUAGGCUGGCUUCUUUGUUUGUCAAACAGGAGCGGAGGCUGCACAUGUACAUUGUGUACUGCCAGAACAAGCCCAAAUCUGAGCACAUUGUGUCAGAGUAUAUUGACACUUACUUUGAAGACCUGAAACAGAGGUUGGGGCACAGACUGCAAAUCACUGAUCUGCUGAUCAAACCGGUCCAGCGCAUCAUGAAAUACCAGCUACUACUGAAGGAUCUUCUCAAAGUUUCUAAGAAGGCGGGCGUGGAUACGACAGAGCUGGAGAAAGCAGUGGAAGUGAUGUGUGUGGUCCCAAAGCGUUGCAAUGACAUGAUGAAUGUUGGACGCCUUCAAGGUUUCGAAGGUAAAAUUGUGGCGCAGGGCAGAUUGCUCCUCCAAGACACCUUCAUGGUUUCAGACCAAGAUGGAGGCCUCCUAUCCAGGAUGAAAGAAAGGAGGGUGUUUCUUUUUGAGCAGAUAGUUAUUUUCAGUGAGCCCCUGGACAAAAAGAAAGGCUUUUCUACCCCUGGCUACCUCUUCAAGAACAGCAUCAAAGUGAGCUGGUUGGGACUGGAGGAAAAUCCUGAUGACCCCUGCAAGUUCACCCUGACCUCAAGGUCUUCUAGUGGUAACCUGGAGAGGUACACCCUCCAUUCAGCAAGCCCUGGAGUCAGUCAAGUCUGGAUCCAUCAGGUCAGCCAGAUACUGGAGAACCAGCGUAAUUUCCUCAAUGCCCUGACGUCACCCAUAGAGUACCAGAGGAACCAUGUGGGUGGCGGAGGACCGAGCGGGCCGCCCAGCAGCAGCAGCAGUACGGGAGGCCUUCCAGGAGGCAGCAGCAGCAACAGUACCUCCAGCAUGGGUGGAGGAGGUGGAGGAGGAGGCUCUGGAGGAUCAGGGGGCAACUCAUCUUCCCUGUGUGGCCCUCGCUCCCGACCCUCCCGAAUCCCGCAGCCAUCCUCACGCCUUCCACAGCCCGUUCACCACCACCACCCCCCGGGCCCUGAGGGGCCCGACAGAUCAGCAGGUAGGUGGUCACCCUGCCACCCGCAGUCCCCUCAGCCCCCUUCCCCCAACCCCUACUCAGACAGCACAGCAAAUGGAGAACUUUUGGCACCAGAGGUCCCUAAGAUGAGGAUGCUGGAUGGCCCUCGUAGCAGUAACUGUAAUAACAGCAACAGGCCGUCAGGUAAUAAGGACAGUAGUAUCAGACAGGCUCCGGGAGGCUACGAGGAGACACCGAAGCAUCAAGCAUCUUUACCACAAAUGUCUGUGGUUCCUCUCAAUUUUCCACACAAAAGUUCACGAGUUGGGACAGUUUCCCCCCUGGUUUCACCUCAGACCCCUGGAGGAAAGGAACCAUUUGUCCCCUCAAGUCCAGCACACAAAGGGAACCCUUUCUGGGCCAUGGUUCCGCCCGUACCUCCCUCUCCUGCCGGCAGGCCGGCUUCCUUCUCCUUCCCUCAUGACAAUAGUGGUGGAGGUGACUCUUUGGGCAGAGGAAGUCACGGGGCGUCCUCUCACCACCGCCACUCCAGCCACAGUAAGGACAUAGAUCGCAUGAGUACCUGCUCCUCCACCAGCGAGCAGUCAAUACACUCCACCCAGAGCAACGGGAGUGAAAGCAGUAGCAGCAGCAGCGUGUCCACCAUGUUGGUGACCCAGGACUAUGUGGCGGUGAAGGAGGAUGAGAUCAGUGUGGCGCAGGGUGAGGUGGUCCAGAUCCUUGCCAGCAACCAGCAGAACAUGUUCCUGGUGUAUCGGGCCGCCAACGAGCACUGUCCUGCUGCUGAAGGUUGGAUCCCAGGCUUUGUGUUAGGACACACCUCAUCCUCCAUCACACCCGAGCUUCCUGAAGGAACCAUAAAAAAAUCAUCAUCGUGGCACACAGCACUUCGUAUCCGCCGAAAGUCUGAGAAAAGAGACAAGGAGGGCAGGAAAAUAGAGAAUGGAUACCGGAAAUCACAAGACAGCCUGGGCAACAAAGUUUCUGUCAAGCUUCUGAAUCCCAACUACAUCUAUGAUGCGCCCCCAGAGUUCAUCGUUCCUCUCAGCGAUGUGUCAUGUGACAGUGGCGACAACGUUACUCUCAGGUGUAAAGUGUGCGGUUUGCCUCGGGCCACAGUGACUUGGAGCGGACCUGACAACAUCCCUCUGAGCAGCAAUGAACACUACAGCAUCACAUACAGUGAGACAGGAGAGGCGGCGGUGCGUGUCCUGGGAGUGUCUCCAGAGGACAGUGGUGUGUACACCUGUGUAGCAACAAAUAUAGCCGGCACUGUCUCGUCCUCUGCCAACCUCACAGUGCAAGGAGUCCCUGAUGAUGGCAGUGAAGUUUUCUGGAAGAGCAAUUUUGAGUCGUACUAUACAGCAAUCACUGAACUCGGAAGGGGCCGGUUCUCUGUGAUUAAGAGGUGUGACCAGAGAGGGAGCAAACGCACUGUUGCAGCCAAACACGUCAACAAGAAGCUGCUGCGUCGAGAGCAGGUCCUGCAGGAGAUCAGACUCCUGCAGACUCUGGACCAUCCCAACCUGGUCAAACUACUGGAUACCUAUGAGACGGCCAGCAGUUACAUCCUUGUCCUGGAGAUGGCAGAUCAGGGACGUUUCCUGGACUACAUCGUGAGCUGGGGCAACCUAACAGAGGAGAAGGUGGCUCUGUACCUCAGAGACAUUCUUGAAGCUCUCCACUACCUGCACAGCUGGAGUAUAGCACACCUGGACCUCAAACCUGAGAACAUAGUGGUGGAACAUGCAUCCUCCCAGCCUUUAAUCAAGCUGACAGACUUUGGUGACGCUGUUCAACUGAAUCCUCUUUCCUCCUACAUCCAUCCGCUGUUGGGGAGCCCCGAGUUCUCAGCUCCUGAACUGGUCCUGGGUCAGCCUGCCUCACAAAUGUCUGACCUCUGGAGCCUAGGAGUGGUGACCUAUGUUGUCCUAAGUGGAGCCUCUCCCUUCCUGGAUGAAAGUCUGGAGGAGACGUGUCUGAACAUCUGCCGCCUGGAUUUCAGCUUCCCGGAGGACUACUUCCAGGGUGUAAGCCCAGCUGCCAGGACCUUUGUCUGCCAGCUGCUCCAGGGUGAGCCGGAGCGCCGGCCCUCUGCCGCGUCCUGCCUGCAGGAGCCGUGGCUCCAGCCUCAAGGAUUGUCAAACAGAGAUCACACGCCACCCGCACCGCCUCCAUCCAGAAGCCAUUACAGCACACACCUGGACACCUCCAGGCUCAUCUCCUUCAUCGAGCGACGGAAACACCAGAACGAUAUUCGGCCCGUGGGCACCAUUAAGGCCUUUCUUCACAGCCGUCUUUUCAACCACACCUGACAGAGAGGCCACCAGAUAGAGAAAACCUGAGGGAAAUAAUGCGAGUGCUGCUCUUGGUUGGGUCACUCCUCGGUAAAAACCUGCUGUGAGGACCACCAGCGAUAUGUCCUCUAAGAUCCCCUCCUCCCUCACCAAGCCACAAAAGUCCUGCUGCUGCUGACUGAAGAACUCUUUGACUCUUUCCACCCCUGUCUUCAACCUUGGCAUUUUGUCUAUAUGCCUGCACAACGAACCAACCGUCGGGAUCUACCGGAUCUACUAAGCCCGUGACUAAACAGUUGGAAAACCAAGCUUUCUCAACAAGCCAACGUGAGCAAGUCUCACGUUUUGGACAGUGUUACACAAAGAAAAUAGAAUACUGUAUAAUAGGAAUUAUUUCAGGCUGCUUUAGGUUGAACACAAGACAAUGUUUUUUGUAACGAGAGAUUACUUUUUGUAAAUGAAACCAUGUACAGUUGGGAAACAGAGAACUGUCUUUAUUUAGACCUUUUGAAAAAAACAAAGUGUAGUUGAUAUUGAAAGUUGAAAUAGGAGAAAUGAAAUGCGUAAUAAAAAAGUGGCACCUAUCAGCAGGGUCCACUUGUUCUGUACACAGACAGAACCACCAAAAUCACGUUUUCCAGACAUACGUUUAAACAUGCAUUCUCCGCAAUAGUUACCUUCAUUACACACCUCGGUUUGAAAUGUUGAGUCAAAAAAUAAAAUAAAAUAACUUGAAGUAAGUAAAGACAUUCAGCAAAAAAAAAACACUUUUGGCAAAGCUUUCCAGAUCCCUACCUGCAUCCGCCUUAUUUGUAAAUAAUGUUUUCCUGCUUUACACAUUUUCAUUUUAGAAGAAGAAUUUAUCGAAUGAACAAAAGCUAUUUUGUUUGCCCAGUUUUAGUGAUUGCAGAAAGGGUUAGACACCCCAUACAGACCCUCAGUGGCUGGAUUUUCAUGAUGAACAAACCGCUACUAGAAAUGCACUUGUAUUUUGCAUUGGUUCUCAUGUGCAAUGUUGCAGCUUUAACUUGUAUGCAACUAUUUAUGAAGACUUGUGUUGUAGCCGUAUUCUUAAAAAGGCAUGUAUGUACCUGGUACUGCAUUAGAUGUCUGUAUUGUGUUAACUCAUUUGCAUUCAGUUCAGUAUUAGUAUCAGCAAAAAAAAAACAAGACAGAGGAGGGUUUUUCUGAAAUAAUGUAUAGAAAUGUGUAUCCACAAAGUACAGACACAUGCUUUCGUUGUGUCCUUGUUUUGUUGUAAAUUUCUGUUACAAUACCAAAGUUGGCUGUGCUUUCCUUUCCUGCUAAUAUGUCCCCCCACCACCACCAAUUUUUCUUCUUAAAUUAUGACAGCCCAUACUGAAUUCAGACACAUGAGUGUUCACAGAGGUUCAGUGUGGCUUUUAUUUAUUCCUAUUAUUCCUAUUGUAAUGAAAUAUAGUGGUGGUUUAUUGCUGGAAAAAAGAUUUCAUUCGUCUCUUUUCGAGCUGUGCACAAAGUGGUUUGCUGUGUGAGAUUGUUUGGCUUUUGUGAAUAGAUGCCAGUGUCUGUCGGUAGAUUUUGUUUUAUUAGAUUUCGCUUAAUGUUUUAUUUAGCUAUUUUUUUCUUUCAAUGAUUUCUUUUUAAAAGCUUGGUUUUAAAUCAUACGGCAAAAUUUGUUUAUACUUUAACCAAGCAAUAGGUCUAAAGAAAAUGCAUCUUUUUGAGAUUGCAUCAGAGAAUGCUUUUUAUGUUUUAGAAGGCAACCAAAAAUUUUACCACCAACAUUUUAAAUGUAACCCUCUGAUAAAUGGCGGAGGUCUCUUCCAGUUGUUUUUAGCCAGCUGUGUUUAUGUCUUUUGGUCAAGAAGUUUUGGAAAUCCUCAUUUCUUGAAGUGCCAGUUGAGCGAGACAGGCGGAUGAAACUUAAGGAAAAAAAGUGUAUUGUUUCUUGUUAGCUUUGAAGGAAGUUGUCAUCAGAUGAUCUGAGUAUGAGUUUAAUGCUUCUUGUUGGUCUUUACAGUCUUGAGUCUCGUUUAGUCGCUUUUUAUUUAUUGAUGUGGGUCGGGGUUUCCAAAAAUUGUGCUGUUAAUAACUUUAUCAUAUUCUCUCAAAGCCCAUUCAUGGAAGGAUCUGAUCUAAGUACUCAAAUUUAUUUUGAAACCUGAGCUGCUCUUGAUGUAAAGAUGUACAGAGAGUGUCGGGCAGGAUGUAAACCUCAUAACUGUCAUAUUUUAAAUACACUUACAAUGAGACUGCAGCAAUGUCAUCUUGAAUGUCUUACUAUGACUUAUUUUUACUUUUGCAUGUAUAUUUCUUUGUACAGAAGAUUGUGUUUACAUGUUACUACCGUACGUGUUGUAAAUAAUUUAUUUUGUCUCAUUAUUUUGUCAUUAAACGUUUAAGGAGCAA